GUGUCACUGACAUGGACUCUACACUGGAGUGGUGCUUUUGUGCAGCGUGGGUCUGUGGCUGCUGUGAUGUCUCUGUUAGUGGAGUUGUAGUUUGGUACCUCUCCUCAUAUUGGAGGAGUGCUUUGCUGAUCUGAGAACACUGAGCUGGAGAGAACCACAAGAGAAACAGCAGAAAGACGAAUAUAGUGAUUCCAAGUAGGAGCUGCAGACACAAGGACUGUCGCUCAGAGCCUGGGACUGAUCUGGGAGCCUUCCCGAGCCAUGGCCACUUCACCCUGCAGCAGUAGUGGGGUUUCCUCGUCCUCCUCCUCCGGCUUCAGCAUGGACACUGGGCUGGAAAUCAAAACCAAAUCGGUGGAACAGACCCUGGUCCCUCUGAUAUCUCAGAUAACAACUCUAAUUAACUAUAAAGAAAAGCCAAAGAAAUCUGAGAAGACAUUACAGGCAAUUCAGCGAGUUGGCCAAGCGGUGAACCAGGCUGUGGGGAGAUUUGUGGCAGUGGGAGAAACAAUAGGGAAUGAGAACAGAGAGCUCAAAGAAGAAAUGUGUUUUGCCUGUGGAGAGGCAAAGAGAGCUGGAGAAACCAUAGCACAAUUGACAGAUAUGAGCAUUGGAGAACAUCCUGAUCCAGAUGGCAGAACUACAAUCUUUACCGAUAAGACUGGAGUGGUAAAAGCUGCCAGACUCCUGCUUUCCUCCGUUACUAAGGUGCUGGUGCUGGCAGACAGGAUUGUCGUUAAACAAAUUAUCACUUCCCGAAACAAGGUCCUUGCAACUAUGGAACACCUUGAGAAAGUUAGCAGUUUUCAAGAGUUUGUUCAGAUAUUUAGCCAGUUUGGCAAUGAAAUGGUGGAGUUUGCCCAUCUUACCGGAGAUCGUCAAAAUGACUUAAAGAGCGAGAAGAAAAAAGCAAGGAUGGCAGCUGCAAGAGCUGUUCUGGAGAAAUGUACCAUGAUGUUGCUCACAGCUUCCAAGACUUGCCUAAGGCACCCUGAUUGUGAGUCCGCACGUAAUAACAAAGAGGGCGUCUUCCAAAGAAUGAGAGUGGCAUUGGAGCAGGUCAUUGAAAUUGUAACCGACAUAAGACCAAAUGGGGAUGCUGAAACUGCACCAAUCAGUAUCUACACUGGAAUCAAAGAAUUUAAGAGUAAAGUUGAAGGACUCAGAGAUAACCUGUAUUUCCUCUCCAAGGAAAAUGUUUCCACUAUGUUAGAAGUUAUAUUGGAGCAUACAGAAGACUUCACAGACUCUGCUUACACCAGCCAUGAGAACAGAGAACGUAUUCUGGAAUUGUCCAACCAAGCCAAGAUGGAGCUAGAACAGCUGGUUUCAAUGUGGAUGCAAGCUCAAGCCCAAAAGACAAAAGAUGUUAUGGAAGACUUGGAGUUGGCUAUACUGAAAACAUGUCAAUGCAUUACAGAACUGAAACGAGAACUUCAUAAUGCAGCAACAACACUGGCAACAGACUUGCUAAAAUACCAUGCUGAUCACAUAGUCCUUAAAGCACUGAAAAUUGCUGGGGCUGAAGGAAACCUGGAAACGGUUGCAGAAUAUACUUGCAAGUUGUCAGAACAAAAGGAGCAACUUGUGGAAACAUGUCGGUUGUUGAGACAUGUUUCGGGGACAGAACCUCUGGAAAUUACAUGUAUUCAUGCAGAAGACACGUUUCAGGUGACUGGUCCUCAGAUUGUAUCCGCAGCAGAAACGUUAGCCCUACAUCCAACCAGUAAGAUUGCUAAAGAAAACUUGGAUGUCUUUUGUGAAGCCUGGGAGUCACAACUGAAUGACAUGUCCAUUUUGGUGCGUGAAAUUAAUGAUGUGUUUGAGGGAAGACGAGGUGAGAAGCGUGCCUAUCUUUCACUUCCAAGACCAGGGAAACAUAGUGGGAAUUUGAAAACCUUAAAGCCAGUGAAGCUUGAUGGGGAGGAACAAGCUAAAAUUGCCAAAUUAGGAUUAGAGCUGCGUUUGCUCACAUCAGAUGUGGACUCAGAAACUGAAAAAUGGGAAGAUCAAGAGAAUGAGGUGGUCAGGCAAGGACAGACCAUGUCCAGCAUGGCCUACACAAUGUACUUGUUUACAAGGGGUGAAGGCUUGCUCAAGACUACCCAAGAUUUAUUUAACCAAGCAGAGGUUUUUGCAGCUUCUGGGUUAAAGCUUUCAUCCAUUCUUCAUGCAUUUUCAAAUCAGCUUGAAGAUGAUGACAAACCUUUACUCAUACUGGAAAUUGAGAAGCUUGUUCCUCUAAGCCAGCAGCUUCAGGUCACAUCCAGAACUCCUGUGCAAGGUAAAACUGCCACUUUCACCAAGGUUGACACAUGUAUUCAGAAAUCGAAGACAAUCAUGGUGAUCUUAUCCCAGGUUCUACCAAUAUGCUGCAAGUUGAUACGGAAGUGUAAAGCAGGUAAUGGAUGUUAUCGGCCUCCCCCAUCAUGGAGGGAAAAUCGGAUCCAGAAUGUGUCAAAUGAAGAUGGGCUAGCAGGAAAAGCAGUAGAAGCAUUUGGGGUGAAGUCUCUGGAACAUCAUGUAGCUAAUCUGACAUUUUUAGAGAGCAAUUAGCAAUGUACAGUAUUAAGAAGAAGAAAAGGACGUUGGACACACAAAGAUUCUCCAAACCUUUCUGCGUGGAAAAACAAAACAAUGAACUCAACAUAAAGUAUAUUUUUUUUGUGUGUUUUUGGUCCACAUUUUUUCAGUACCAUUGUACUUGAUACAAAUUCGCUAUGUCAGGUUGGAAUAAGUCAAUGUGAAUGUUUGCAUUUUAUUCCACUCACCGCACUGUUUAAUAGUUACUAAAAGCUCUGUUGUGAAUGUCUUAAUGGAAUCCUUAACCCAAAGAUGCUGCUAUGGUUUGUACACGUGUAAUAUGCAGAAACAAAUUUCUGAUUUAAAUUUGCUGUGUUCUGAAUUUGUUAUCAGCGUUUUGUCAUCCUUACUAGUUUUGUUGUAUUUGUUUACCUGUAGCAGGGGUGUGUUUUGUGGUCAAAAGCACUGAUCAGCUAAUGUCUUAAGAGCUGACGUUAUGUCCUAUUCACAACGCAGAAUAAACAGCACAUUUUAUCCACGAUUACAACCUGCACCUCUGUUUCUUGACUGUUUUAAAAUAAAAGUGUUUUAUCUGUAAAUUUGCUGCUGGAAUGUUUAAAUUUAUUAAAGAAAAUGUUAUCAGAUAAUUAUUUUCUGAUUUAAUUUGGUUAUGUAUAAAGAUUUCUGAUAUGAAGAUAGUCCUUUCUGAAAAGUUGGCUGCUGGGCAUGGUGGCUAGGUGGAACUUUUAGUGAAGGGUUUCCCUGGUUUGAGUUGUCAAUCUUGUAGACUUGCUAAGCUCACCAUUAGUUUUAACUCUUACUUGUAGAAUUUGAGAUGCAUGUAAAAGAAAAGUGUAUCUUAGAAUGUAUACCAUAUUUAAGUUUCAUGGAAAUUGUAGUUUUUUUACAUUUAACAU